GUCCUGGAACCUGGGUCCCUGGCUUCCUCUCCCUGCCCUGGCCUGUCACAGGCUGCCUGGGUUAAACGCACGGGCUGCUCUCUGCAGAUGGGCUGCAGGACGCGCACAGAGACCUGAUCAUUGGACCACGUGCCUCCGGGUCGGUGCCCCCAGCCCACUUCAUCACAACGACUUUUUAAAGAGCUGUGACCGAUAGCUCCAUUCUACAGGUGGUAAGACUGAGUCUCGAGGAACUCCCCGUGGGUCACGUGACUAGUUGCAGGCUGAACCAGGAACUCGAGCUGGUCCGCAGAUCUCCCCCCCACACACGUGCGUUUGCUCUUCCAUGUGGCCUUCCUCCCGGCCGUCUUCCUCCUUAGCCCUGGCUGGCCCCGGUGGGCCUUGGUGGCGAUCGGCCACCAUACAUCAUCGCCAGUUGUCUCCACUCUGGGUCAGGGUGAGGAUUUCCACUCGAGUGUGUCACUGAACGAUGCCAUUUGAAGCGCAGCUUUGGCUGAUAAGCGUGGGACCAUCUGCUUGGCACAUCGCAAACAUUUUCAGCAGUAGGAAAGCAGCUCUGAUUCCUGCAGACACACAGGCUGCAGCCGUGGCUGGAGAUGUGGGGACCGGAGACCCCGCGGGCCGGCGGGCCAGUGGCACCCCAGGAUGCCAGGGGGCAGCGUCCCAGCGGUCGCCUCUGAGCCUUCCGCCGCCAGUGACGCCAGUGACGCCAGAACUUCUGCAAGGAGAAGGAAGAGCCCCGGGAAGGUGCUUCGGCAACGCUGCCAGUGACACUGACCCGGAACCGUGCCAUCACCUCCGCGGCACCUUCUGCGUCUGCUCCCAACCGAGGGUUCUGCUCUGGGCUGCUGGCCGCAGCCGGGCCACCGAGACUGUUAGGAUGAACCAGUGCCAGAAAGGUGCCUGAAGAGCCCCCUGCCCAGGCUUCCUCAUGGAGGAGACAAACCCGACCCCCUCGGUGGCCGAGGGGUCCCUGAACGCCUCCGCCCGCGGGAACGGCUCCGGCGAGCCCCCCCGCCCGCACAUCCCGGCCGUGCACUGGGUCAUCAUGAGCGUCUCCCCGCUGGGGUUUGUGGAGAACGGGAUCCUGCUCUGGUUCCUCUGCUUCCGGAUGCGGAAGAACCCCUUCACCGUGUACAUCACCCACCUGUCCAUCGCCGACAUCUCCCUACUCUUCUGUAUCUUCAUUCUGUCCAUAGACUACGCCCUGGACUACGAGCUCUCCUCGGGGCACCACUACACCAUCGUCACGCUGUCGGUCACUUUCCUCUUUGGCUACAACACAGGCCUCUACCUGCUGACGGCCAUCAGCGUGGAGAGGUGCCUGUCGGUCCUCUACCCCAUCUGGUACCGAUGCCACCGGCCCAAGCACCAGUCGGCGUUUGUCUGUGCCCUGCUGUGGGCGCUGUCUUGCUUGGUGACCACCAUGGAGUACGUCAUGUGCAUAGACACGGCGGAAGAGAGCCACUCCCGCAGCCACUGCCGGGCGGUCAUCAUCUUCAUAGCCGUCCUGAGCUUCCUGGUGUUCACUCCACUCAUGCUGGUGUCCAGCACCGUCCUGGUGGUGAAGAUCCGGAAGAACACGUGGGCGUCCCACUCCUCGAAGCUGUACAUCGUCAUCAUGGUCACCAUCAUCAUCUUCCUCAUUUUCGCCAUGCCCAUGAGACUCCUGUACCUGCUCUACUACGAGUACUGGUCCACGUUCGGGACGCUGCACAACGUUUCUCUCCUGUUCUCCACAAUCAACAGCAGUGCCAACCCGUUCAUCUACUUCUUCGUGGGCAGCAGCAAGAAGAAGCGGUUCAAGGAGUCCUUAAAAGUUGUUCUGACCAGGGCCUUCAAAGACGAGAUGCAACCCAGGCGCCAGGAGGACCGGGGCAAUGCCGUGUCCGUGGAAACCGUGGUGUAGGCCUGCGGGGAGAGCUGUGGGCCACGGAUAAUCUGUCGAUCUCCUUGGAGCAUGAUCCGAGGGCCUCCUAAAUGCGGUACCAAAUGCAUGACUUGGUAAUUAACCAUGAGAUUGUUCUAUACUGUACCCGUGAGACGCUGACUACCGAUGGGAGCGCUCCCGGGUUGCCCCUUCUGGAAAUGCCUACACACGUGUCGAACCUCUGUCGGGUCCGGACUUGGCCGGGCGCUUUGUGUUCUCAGCUCUUCUGGCGACGUCUUACCACGAACCACAGAAACCGCUCCGGCCGGCAGGGGGACGGCUGGGCACAGGAACACGUUGCGGACGGGUUUGCUGGACCUUGAGGAUGCAGAACAAGGAGCUGGGAGGGACAAGGGUCUGAGUCGGGGAGACCCCGUUCCUUGCUGUCUGUGUGACCUCAGGCGAGAGGUGCCAGGGCUCAUUGGUGCCCCCUAGGACUGUCAUGAGGCUGUGAGGACGGGGAAGAGGAGGCUGGCACAGUGUCCGCGCUCAAUCAGCUCCAGCCCCUCCUGGCUGCUUUAAAUGAAGACAAAACACAGCUUCCUGGUUUGUAAAGCACAUGCACACGCACACGCACACACAGCUCUGUCAUGUGCAAACAUUGUUCUGCGCUUUCCAAUGUUGAAUAUAAAUCGAGGGGCGCCCUCCUCUCGCUGGCAGCACGAGCGCGCCCCGUGGCGUGGCACCUCAGCAUCUCAGGCUGUCAAGACAAACUCGGCCCCGCUGCCGGAGCUGCGUGCGCCUUCCCCUCCCUCUGCGGUGCGGAAGUGCGUGUUGGGAGAGCCUCUGCAUACUCAUUCCACGCAUGGAACUUAACUCACAGAGGCGUGCAGGUGAUGGGCGCGUGGAGACCCCCACCGUCCGUGAAGUGGGUUAGGUUGGGGCAGGUGCGCGCCUCCACGCCUCCUUUUCCUGAGACAUUCCUCUCUGUCACUCCUGGAAGGGGCUGAGCGGGAGGGGCUCGCGAGCAGGAUGUUACCCCGAUUCUUCGCUCCCCAGCGCUUGCCUGGCUGGGCUCUGCCUCCUCCUCACCUGCCCUGUCCGGGUUUCAGCUGUGAACCGGUCUUGCCCUGUGGUCUGCACUGCCCAGUCCAUGCCCUUCUGCCCUCUCUAGGGGACCCACAGAAUGGCCGUGCCUCGUGGGAUUCUGCAGAGCGUGAAAUGUUCAAGGCCACGCGUGAGCCCACUCGUGCUUCACCGUGUUCUCCGAGAGGACCAGAGCAGCGGCGAGAAGGCUCCCCGUGGCAGCCGCUCCUGCCUCUUCUUCCUUUCUCAGGGAAGUGACUGUAACCAAGGGAGAUGGGGAGAUGGGGGAAGUGCGCAAGCCUCCCGCUGAGCCGGCCCCGCUGCCAGCCUCGCUCCGCUCCUUGGCGGGUGACGACAUAUGAUUUGAAAACAAGGCAGCUUGCGUUCGGAGCCCAGAUGGGGUGUGGGGCGGUGACAUUUACAGCGAUUCUGUUUUUGGUUGAAAACGGAGCACCCCCAUCGGGAAAGAACAGAACUCUGCCCGGAGAUCAGAACGACUCCCCCCGCCCCGCGCCCCGCCCCGUGCGCGCUGCGCUCGGGUUGGCGGGAGGGGACCCACUUGCUCCCAUCCCGAGGAGAACAGGGACUCGAGCAGGCAAAGACUAACAGCUACAAGGAGCUUGUGCCCAGGGGAAGCAGUGGGCGAAGCCACAUUUAGCACCUUCCUGCAGUUAAGGUGGGGAAAUUGAGGACGGACAUAAAAGUCAUGCCGGCCUUUGAGAGAGUAACAACUCCUUGCGAGGAGGCAGGGCCCAGAGUCUGGCCGUGCUGUACAACCGAAUCCCCAGUCUCUUCCCUACGCUCGUUCCCGAGUGAACAAUCAAGUUAAAACGACAAGAAGAGUCAAGUGCAUUUGCAAAGGUGGAGAGAAGAGUAGGGAGUGGACACCCUCUGGGCAUUUGGACAGUUUGCCCACGUCGUGGCGGAUCACCGGUGCUUUCCUGAGAGUCCUCUGGGGCUGGCGAGGUGAGGGCUGGCAGGGCCUGUAGCGUUCCUGAUACCCACACGACCUUGUCUGCAAGACGUGCUGCCGUGGACAAGGCAAGCAGAGACCAGAAGGACCCCCAACCCGGUCAGGGGAGACAGAGACGCACAGGAAGCCACCGCCUCUGCCGCACGCAGACUUGUUCGUGGACGUGCUCUCGGGUGCCUGAAGGCAGGAUUUAUGACGAGACUUUGGACCUCACUUUACUAAGAUCCCAUUUGCCGAAGCCGCUCACGCACGGAUAAGGAGCCCUCUCGCUCUCCCUGUUUUAAAUGUGCACAUGUGGACAACAACACACAGGGCGGUUGUCAAAGCGGAUUCAAAGUGAAUUAGCGAAAUCACCCGGCGCAAAGCGAACGAUUCCAAAUGCAGGAGACAAGCGCGAGGCACGGAUGAGGCGUUCUGAGCUGAAGGUGCCGAGGCUUGUAGGAUGCCGCUCCCAGGAACGCCCGCUCUACGUGAGGCCUUAGUUUCGGGCUGGCAGGUCAUCUCCAGCAAUGUUCGUGGAUGCAUUGCCCCCAAAGGCGGUGGGCUAGGUUUCGGACUCUGCUAAUCACCCAGGUAGGCAACACUCGUUGGAUUGCCAGCUCCCCCAGCCUCCACGUCCCGUAACUCCUGAAUUUACUGAUCCUGGCCAUCCUGGCGCAUCAGCGGACGCUGCUGGGAGCGGGUGGUUGUGCAGAGCAGUCUGAGGUCACCCACCUGUCCCCUCCCCCGCUGGAUUCCUGGAGGGAAGGCGAGUUGCACUAACAUCCCUCCACGGUGCCUCUCGCCAGCCCUAGGCUGGAACGGCAGAGCCCGUCCUGGGGGAACAGCGGGAGGCAGGAGUGGCCGCCUGACCGUCCACGCAGCAGCCUCGGCUCCCCUCCAUACCUGUGUGACUGGAGACUCCGUUGCAGGUCCCGAGACCAGGCUUUGGUGCGAGUCCUUUCUCUGGGCGUCUCGGGGAGAAUGGGAGGGGGCAGAGUGCCGGCACCCGCAAGGCAGGAAGCCCACAGCGGGGAGCAGAGGAGCUCGGGCGCCCCCAGCGGCGCCCACCCCAGCAGCGCCCUUGCCUCCCACUCCUCCCCGGGAGGGGUCACCCCCUUGGCGUUAGCUUCCAGCCCUUUCAGGCCGGGCACCUUAAGGCAGAGCACACAGAGAGCUUUGGGCAGUAGUGGUCGCCUGCGGUGACCUCAGGGUGGCUUCAGGGUGGCCCACAGCGUCUGCUGCCAUGUGACAAAAGUGGCCCCCACAGGGGUGGGCGUGUGGUGCACCUGUUACGCCUGCGUCCUAAACCUGAGUGCCUGGGUUCGGGUCCCUGCUCCAUUUCAGGUUCCAGCUUCUUGCUAAUGGAAACCCUGGAAGGGCUGGGGCCCUGCCAUUCGCUUGGGAGAGCCGGACUGAAGGCCUCCUGGCUUAGCCUGGCCUGGUCCUGGCUGUUAUGACAUCUGGGGAGUGAAGGAAGCAGCAGAUGGGAGGUUUCUCUUUGUCUCUGCCUUUCAAAAAUAGGAAAUAAAUAUUAAAAAAAAAAACCAAAGGAGCUGUGCCAAACAACGCGGGUGGAAACUGUGGAGUGUCAGCCAGAAGCGAGUUCUGCCGAGCGGGUUUUCGGCCUGGCAGUUAGGACGCCCGCGUCCCGCGGCAGAGCCCCCGCCUUUGCUGCCAACCCCAGCUCCCGGCUCCAGCUUCCUGACAAUGCAGACUCCAGGGGGCGGCCAUAGUGGCUCCGCUCACUGGAUCCCCGCCACCCAUGGAGGAGGCUGGGUUGAGCUCCUGGCUCCUGGUUUGGCCCCAGUGUUUGUGGGCGUUUGUGGGAUGGAUCAGAGGAUGGGAGCUCUCGCUGUCCCUCUCUGUCUCAAAUAACUAAAACAUAACUUUUCAAUUAUUCCUGGAGGAUAUCAAGCAAAUUCAAAUAAACCAGGUGCAAAAGGACAAGUACUGUCUGGCUCCAGGAGCAUGAGGUGCGUGGAGUCGACCAGAAGUAGACGAGUGGCUGGCAGGGGGUGGGGACCGGGAGGGGGACCAGGUGUUCCCUGGGUACAGAGUUUCUGUCUGGGGAGACGGCAAGUUCCACGGAUGUUUGCACAGCGACGUGCCUGGGGUUCACCCUACUGCACCGUACACUUAGAAUGGUUAAGACCAUAGCCUUUAUGUCACAUUCAUCUCACCGUGAUGACGUAAUGAUCAUGCGUGCAAGGAGGCGUGUUCCCGGGGUGCAUGUCAGCCCCGGGCCCAGCGAUCAGCACCAAGCAAGGCUGGUGGUAGAAGGAAGGGAGACAGCUCCCUGCACCCCUCCAGCAAGCGGCGUGUAGGCACCCGGCAAACACGAGGCCCUUCUCAGUGCUGCGGGCCACACGGCCUGCGUCACCGUCACCCAGCUCGGCGGCUGCUGCGAGACCCAGCCACACGCGGUACCCGGAUGAAGGCAGACGGCUGUGCGCCGGCCAGGCCUUACUCACUGAAUUGCAUAUAAUUUUCGCAUGUCAUAAAAUGUUCUUUCCUUUAGCCAUUUAAACGUGUGAAGCAGAGCCGGCUUCCAAGCUGCACAGAGCCAGGCAGCAGCCAGACUUGGCUGUGCGACUUCGCUGCCUCUAACCCGGCAUGUUUCAGGAACUGCUUUUCCAGAAUUUUCCUCAAGGCGUCCGCAGCACACGCACUGGACAAUCCUGGCCUCAGCGGUGGCACACGCGCAUUAUGUCCCAGCGGAUCUCACUUUGCAAUAGGACCAGCAGGCGUCCCGCCUCUAACCUGACGAAUGAGCUUGGCACGAGGUUGACAAAUUCUGUUUUCGGUACAUCACAGGUGACAUAGAAAAUGGGAGAGAGGUUUUCCGUGGUAGAUAAGUUGGCUGCAGAACAACACGGGGACACUGCGUCCACUCGCACCACACCGUGUUCUCUGGGUUCAGAGGACGUGACCGGAAUUUUUCAGGGCUCGGGGAAGCAAUGUUCACGCAGAGGAAUUUGUGUUGGGUUUUUAGAAGAUAGCGUGCAGACUUGGCCGGCGCCGCGGCUCACUAGGCUAAUCCUCCGCCUAGCGGCGCCGGCACACCGGGUUCUAGUCCCAGUCGGGGCGCCGGAUUCUGUCCCGGUUGCCCCUCUUCCAGGCCAGCUCUCUGCUGUGGCCCAGGAGUGCAGUGGAGGAUGGCCCAGGUGCUUGGGCCCUGCACCCCGUGGGAGACCAGGAAAAGCACCUGGCUCCUGGCUCCUGCCGUCGGAUCAGCGCGGUGCGGCAGCCGCAGCGCGCCGGCCGUGGCGGCCAUUGGAGGGUGAACCAACGGCAAAGGAAGACCUUUCUCUCUGUCUCUCUCUCUCACUGUCCACUCUGCCUGUCAAAACAAAACAAAACAAAACAAAACAAAAAAAACAACAACAACAAAAAAAGAAGAUAGCGUGCAGACUGAAUGAACUCAAACCCGGAGCAUCCCUAGUACUGUCAGCAGCUACAAGCUCUGCCCUGCUGUCCUGGGGAGCUGCACCCCGAUUGUGCGAUCAGGGUUUCGGAAGCCCAAUUGCAAGUGUUGCACUCACACUGGUUUCUUGCCUUUGCAAUGAUUCGCAGGCUCAAAGCUCUCCUAAGGCACUGAGAGUGAAGGGGCGUGUAACGGAGAUGGUGAAAGUCUCCCAGGCUCCUCCACUCUGCCUGAAAGCGGUUGGAGGAGCAGGGGUUGGGGGAGCCUACUUUGUCUCUCUCUCUCUCCUUCCAAGGGGCGAGGACAGAGAGUCCGGGCUCAGUGACGGGGCCACGAAGCCAGCAAGGCCAAGACAAGGGCGUGUUUAGCACCCGGCAAUCCUGCCUUUCGCCUCUGCAGACUGAGGACUAGGGUUUUUCCCAGCUGACUCCAGCCUGGAGCCCUCUUGGUUCAGAUGUGCGAGGUAGAAAAAGCUGCAGUGCUUGUCCGUGGGUCUGGCGGGCCGGGGACUGCCCCAGAGGAAGGAGGGCUGCUCAGCCACUCCACCCCCACCCUCACCCCCACCCCCACUGCAGCCGCCCUCCCACCUCCCCACUCCCCGGUGGGCCCUGCAGACUGCCGGGUCUGGAAGCUUGUGCCCCGCAGCGAGAUGGCAUCAGGAGGGGGCCCUUGGGGAACCGGCGAGGUUGGAGAGGGGAGCCUCAGGACUGGGGCAAGUGUCCUCAGAAAAGUGGUGCCUCCCGCCCCCCGGGGCGGCUCUCGGCUCCUGGGUCUUGAUUCGCCAGCUUCCGGGACCGGGAGAAACAAAUUCUUCCUGUCGAUGGUGUUCUGUUAAAAUGGCCAUAACAGGGGCCGGCGCUGUGGCUCACUUGGUUAAUCCUCUGCCUGCAGCGCUGGCAUCCUAUAUGGGCGCCGGGUUCUGGUCCCGGUUGCUCCUCUUCCAGUCCAGCUCUCUGCUGUGGCCCAGGAAGGCAGUGGAGGAUGGCCCAAGUGUUUGGGCUCCUGCACCCGCAUGGGAGACCAGGAGGCAGCACCUGGCUCCUGGCUUCAGAUGGGUGUAGUUCCGGCCGUGGCAGCCAUUUAGGGGGUGAACCAAUGGAAGGAAGACCUUCUCUCUGUCUCUCUCUCAUUGUCUAACUCUGCCUGUCUAAUAAAAAAAAAUGGCCCAAACAGACGGAGACACUGGCUGUCAGUCAUUUUCCUUCCUGGUCACACGGUUGGGUGACCUGAGACGCCUGGGCAGUGCCUGUGGAGGUGGAUCCACAUGGAGGGUUGCAGAGACAUCAGUGCACCCUGGGCCCGGCACACACCGGCCUCGCCCCGGGGGGGAGUAGGGCAGCAGCACCCAGGCCAUCGCUCUGAUCACAAGUGAUGACCCCAGGCUGCCCAUUAAACCUGGCCUGAGUUCUCCCAGGAAAGGGACGGGUAGGGGAGGCGAGGGCCUUGCCAACUUGCCAUUGCUGACACAGCACGUGCUGCCCCUGGAGCCUGGGCUGUGGCCACCAGGACGACAUCCUG